GCUCUGAGAAUGGGAUCAUUUCAAGAACUAGAGAGUUAGUUUCAAAUAUGGCCUUGUUUUCCUUCCACUAGAUGUGAAAUAGGAGCAGCCUCUGUAUUUUAACUGGAAGUAAAAUAGAGAACAAUAUUGGAGAAUGGAGACUGAGAAUUUGGCAGGGCCUCAGGUGCAUCAUAGUCCAGGACAAGAGAUGUCAGUGGAGAGGGUGUGUGAGAGACUGAUCCGCACCAGUGUGGUGAAAGCCCAGCCUCUGUGGUUCUUAAUGCCUCAGCAGGAUUAUUUUCACUAAAGAUGGAAACAUUGGAGUCUGAAUUGACCUGUCCAAUCUGCCUAGAGUUGUUUGAAGACCCCCUUCUGCUCCCUUGUGCUCACAGCCUCUGCUUCAGCUGUGCCCAUCGCAUCUUGGUCUCGAGCUGCAGCUCUGGUGAAUCCGUUGAACCCAUUACUGCUUUCCAGUGUCCUACGUGCAGGUAUGUUAUCUCACUGAACCACCGGGGCCUGGAUGGCCUCAAGAGGAAUGUGACUCUGCAGAACAUUAUUGACCGCUUCCAGAAGGCUUCCGUCAGUGGACCCAAUUCCCCAAGUGAGAGCCGCCGGGAGAGGACUUACAGGCCCAGCAGCGCCAUGUCUAGUGAGCGAAUUGCUUGCCAGUUUUGUGAGCAGGACCCGCCAAGGGAUGCAGUGAAAACAUGCAUCACCUGCGAGGUCUCUUACUGUGACCGUUGCCUGCGGGCCACGCACCCCAAUAAGAAACCUUUCACCAGCCACCGCCUGGUGGAACCAGUGCCGGACACACAUCUUCGAGGGAUCACCUGCCUGGACCAUGAGAAUGAGAAAGUGAACAUGUAUUGUGUAUCUGAUGACCAAUUGAUCUGUGCCUUAUGCAAACUGGUGGGGCGUCACCGAGACCAUCAGGUCGCGUCCCUGAAUGAUCGGUUUGAGAAGCUCAAGCAAACUCUGGAGAUGAACCUCACCAACCUGGUUAAGCGCAACAGUGAACUAGAAAAUCAAAUGGCCAAGCUAAUACAGAUCUGCCAGCAGGUUGAGGUGAAUACUGCUAUGCAUGAGGCAAAACUUAUGGAAGAAUGUGACGAAUUGGUAGAGAUCAUCCAGCAGAGGAAGCAAAUGAUUGCUGUCAAAAUCAAAGAGACAAAGGUUAUGAAACUGAGAAAGUUGGCACAGCAGGUUGCUAAUUGCCGCCAGUGUCUUGAACGCUCAACAGUCCUCAUCAACCAAGCUGAGCAUAUCCUGAAAGAAAAUGACCAGGCACGGUUUCUCCAGUCUGCCAAAAAUAUUGCUGAGAGGGUCGCUAUGGCAACUGCAUCUUCUCAAGUUCUGAUUCCGGACAUCAAUUUUAAUGAUGCCUUUGAAAACUUUGCUUUAGAUUUUUCCAGAGAAAAGAAACUGCUGGAGGGGCUAGAUUAUUUAACAGCCCCAAACCCACCAUCUAUCCGAGAGGAACUCUGUACUGCUUCCCAUGACACCAUUACAGUCCACUGGAUCUCGGAUGAUGAGUUCAGCAUCAGCUCCUAUGAGCUUCAGUACACCAUAUUCACUGGCCAGGCUAACUUCAUCAGUAAGUCAUGGUGUAGUUGGGGCCUGUGGCCAGAGAUAAGGAAAUGUAAGGAAGCAGUAAGCUGCUCAAGAUUGGCCGGGGCGCCACGAGGCCUGUAUAAUUCCGUGGAUAGCUGGAUGAUUGUGCCCAACAUCAAACAGAACCAUUACACAGUUCAUGGACUUCAGAGUGGGACACGCUACAUCUUCAUUGUUAAAGCCAUAAACCAAGCAGGCAGCCGGAACAGUGAGCCUACCCGACUCAAAACAAACAGCCAACCCUUUAAACUGGAUCCCAAAAUGACUCACAAGAAGUUGAAGAUCUCCAAUGAUGGACUGCAGAUGGAGAAGGAUGAAAGCUCUCUGAAGAAGAGCCAUACCCCAGAGAGGUUUAGUGGCACAGGAUGCUAUGGGGCAGCAGGAAAUAUAUUCAUUGACAGUGGCUGCCACUACUGGGAGGUGGUCAUGGGUUCCUCAACAUGGUAUGCAAUUGGCAUUGCCUACAAAUCAGCUCCCAAGAAUGAAUGGAUUGGCAAGAACGCCUCCUCAUGGGUCUUCUCUCGAUGCAAUAGUAACUUCGUAGUCAGACAUAACAACAAGGAAAUGCUGGUGGAUGUGCCACCACAGUUGAAGCGUCUGGGUGUCCUUCUGGAUUAUGACAACAACAUGCUGUCUUUCUAUGACCCAGCUAACUCUCUCCAUCUUCAUACUUUUGAUGUGACCUUCAUUCUUCCAGUUUGUCCAACAUUCACAAUCUGGAACAAAUCCCUGAUGAUCCUGUCUGGCUUGCCUGCCCCAGAUUUUAUUGAUUACCCCGAGCGGCAGGAAUGCAACUGCAGGCCUCAAGAAUCCCCUUAUGUUUCUGGGAUGAAAGCUUGCCAUUAAGUUUCAAGAGAGCGUAUAAUUCAGUGGCUCUCCAGUUCAGCAGUUCUUCCCCUCCUAAACCUCAGUUAGUGUCCAAUAUACAAGAUACAAAAAUAAAGUUCAUUUGAAGCAUCCAAAA